GCCCCCGGCUGCUUCCCUGACACCCGCACGAUACUACUUUUUAAUCUCUAUUUUGUACACCUGCCCAGACUAAAACCCGCGUCGCGUCGACUGCUCCUGCCUUUCAAGAUACCGUCCCGCGACCCUCAGUAGCCUACACCGCCAACCUUUGCAAACAUGGCGGACAAACCAGAAAGACCCACGAGCUCAGGCAGUUCUGGCUCUGAUAGUGACAGUUUCGAAGAAGCAGCUGAGAUUACCCCUCGCCCAGACUCACAGUCCGAACGAUCACAGUCACGGUCACGGUCCCUCCUACAACGAGAAUCUUCGACUUCAACAGUGCAAGCAGCCAAACCAGCGGAGCCUGCUCCUGCAGUGCCAAAAGUACCCAAAGAGGAGAGCGACGACGACGAUGAUGACGACGAUGACGAUGACGAGGAGGAAGAAGACGAUGAAGAGGAAAGCGACGAGUCGGACAAUGAACCUGAGCCAAAGGCUGUCGAGAAGCCUAGCGAAGACACACCGGCAGCCAAGUCACCACUCCUUACCGGGCACAGAGUGUCAGUCACAUCGGACAUGGACGACGUGUCUUUAGACAGCGAGGGCUCAAAAGCUGCCGGCAUACUCCCCAAGCUACCACCACGAGAUUCUCGAGAUUCUACAAAUUCCGCGAGCGGACUACAAGGCCUCUCUGGCAGAAUGUCGCCCGUCAAAUUCCCUCCGCCGCCCGCCCCACCUGCUGUACAAGAGAAACCCGCGCCAGCGCCAGCACCAACAACGACUAGAAAACUCACAGGUCCUUUUGCUUGGCUGUCAAGAAACAGCUCUAGCAAGAAACCUGAGUCUCCACCGGCGGCUACGACAACUGCGGAGCGACGGAAUACUGGGGCGUCUAUUGCAACUAUCGGCAGUAAUCCAGAGCUCACCUUGAGCAGGAUCGAAGAUGAGGGCGAUAUGGGCUCUAAAAACAGAACAAGUCAGGGCAGCCUGCGAGACCGUUUCAAGAUUCUGCGAAUGAGGGAAGAAGCGGGCAUAACACUCAGCGAUGAGACAGGUAUAGAUGGUAGUCCAACCGUGGCGCUAGCAUCGCCAGGUAUCGGGCUCGGCAUUGCUAGCCCUCCGCCCACAUCUGGAGAAGAGCCAGGAAGUCCUCCAGCUCUUGUGAAACAGCCUACGAUCAACCCGAAGUUGGCUCCAGGAACAGCAUCUGGAUUCGCCGCUGGUCCGGCGGGAGACAUUGCCGAGCCUGUAGAUUGGGACCUUUGGCAGUCAGUGGUCAACGAAGGCCCAGCAGCAAUUGCACGCACCAGUUCCGAAGAACUGAACCGCGCCAUCGCAAGUGGCAUCCCUCAAGUCAUUCGUGGUGUCAUCUGGCAAGUGUUGGCGCAAAGUAAAAGCGAAGAACUGGAAAGCAUGUACAGGGAACUCGUAGCUCGUGGAACAGACAAGGAGUACAUGAGCGUCAGCGCCAGCGCCAGAACGAGCACCCUCAGCAUGGGAAACACUACUGGCAACGGAAAGGAAUCAGUCGCUUCGUCUUCGUCUUCAGUGCACUCCGACUACUCGAGCCCGGCCACAACAGCUGCUAGUACCACCGCGCCAUUGGGCUCGCCAUCUCUCACAUCGGAAAACGAAGAUCCAAUCAAGGCACAAGCAAGGCUUGCGGCGGAAAAGAAACAGAACGCCGCCACAAUAUCGAAACUGGAGAAGGUCAUCAAGCGCGAUCUGGGAGCGCGCACGAGCUACUCCAAGUACGUCAUGGCAGCUGGGCUACAAGACGGUCUUUUCGGUAUCUGCAAAGCAUACGCUUUGUACGACGAUGCUGUCGGUUACGCCCAAGGCAUGAACUUCAUCGCUAUGCCUCUGCUCUUCAACAUGCCCGAGGAAGAGGCGUUUAGUCUCUUUGUGACACUGAUGAACAAGUAUGGCCUUCGCGACCUUUUCGUAGCUGACAUGGCUGGACUUCACCUGCAUCUGUACCAGUUUGAACGCCUAUUGGAAGAGUUUGAACCCGCUCUCUACUGCCACCUCCGCCGGAGAGAGGUCAAGCCACAACUCUACGCCACUCAAUGGUUCCUUACAUUGUUCGCAUAUCGGUUCCCGCUACAACUCGUCUUGCGUAUUUAUGAUCUCAUACUCAGCGAGGGUCUUGAAUCUGCGAUCCUGAAGUUCGGUAUUGUGCUCAUGCAAAAGAACGCUGAAACAUUGCUGGGUAUGAAGGACAUGUCGACACUGACAACAUUCCUCAAGGAGCGAUUGUUUGACGUGUACAUCGACAAAGCUCCAUCGGCUAAUUCCAUCCUUGAGAAUGGCUUCUUUGGCUCGACUGCUGGCAUCGACAAGGAGAUCUAUCGUGCUGAUACUCUUGUGAAAGACGCCGUUUCUGUCAAGAUCACGCCAGAAAUGCUCAAGCAGUACACUGCAGAGUGGAAAGAACAGCAGCGCAUAGAAAAGGAUCGCGAGACCGAGCUCCACGGACUGAAAGAUAAAGUCACACAUCUGGAACAGAAGGUCCGAUCACUGGAGCAUCGCGCUGAGCAGUCGGAUAUGGAGCACGUUCAGGUCGCUUCUGAACUCAUUAAAACCAAGGUCGAAAAUGAGAAUCUCGCCGACGAGAACGAGACGUUGAAGACAAAGGUCGAAGAGCUUCAGAAGAUCGUCGACACCCAACCCGCAGAGGUCGAAGCAAGACUGAAGAACGAAAUGGAGACUGUCAUGCAAAAGAACAUCGUUGUUCACAACGAGAACCGCAAUCUGGAAGACUCGAUGGCCGAGAUGGAGAAAGAAUUGGUUGAUGUCAAGAUGCAAUGGGCUACAAUUAACGAAGAGCACGAAGCACUCAAGCAAAAAUGGAACAACAUCUCACAGAUGAUGAAGUAAGCCCAAUAGUGGGCUCAUACUGCAUCCAAGGCGUCGGGUUGACUUGCAUAUAGCACGCAGG